AUGAAGUUCUUCAAAGGCAGGGGCCUCAUUCUUAGGUGCAUCUGCCUGACUCCCUAUAAUAGUGGUCAGUACUCCAACCUCGACCUGCUAUGCAGUCCAACCACUCGAAUUCCACCUGGAUUCCUUGCUAUAUAUGUUGGAUAUGAGCGUAAACGGUUCUUGAUCCCGACCCGGUUCCUGAACUUUCCAGUCUUCACUGUCCUUCUUGACAAAGCUAGUGAAGAAUAUGGUUUCAAGUUUAGUGGAGGCAUAGUCCUACCAUGUGAGGUUCAGUUCUUUACAAAAUUGUUGAAGUUUCUAGUGAAAGAUGAGAAAAAAUAUAGAAGCCUGGGGUUUCAUGAGUUUUUUAAGUUGAUUUCUGAAGUGGGAUUUGAUUCAACUUCAUGCAAAGAGGAAGGUGACUUCCUGAAUCAUUAUCAUGAGCUCAGACCUCUACUGCAGAAAGCUUGGGCUUGA